AUGGGUGCUGCUCGAGUGGAAGCAAUCGUCACUGUGAAUUUACAGAAGAGAGACCCCAACGUGGAACAAUUGGAAGCGUCAAAUUUUGAGGAUGUCUGGAUCGUCAAGCUAGGCGCACCGGUGUUACUCAAGGUUCUUUUCUGCCGGUCAAAUGAGGCGACAACGGAUGGACUGCACGCAGGUGUUUGUAGUUCUAAUCGUCACAAUGACAUCUGGCUACUUUUCGGAGGCGACUGCCAUUCCCCUGUGUGGUCUCCGAAGUUGUGUAGCUCACGCCAUGAAAUUUAUUUGCCCUAA